UAGCAUAUCUAUUAAUGUGAUUAAUUCAAUUGCGUGAUAUGAUGAUUCAAAUUUAUUAGUAUUUCCAUUUGAUAAGAUUUUAAUUUCAAUGACUUAUUUUCAUCCUAAACAAAUUGUAUUAAACUUUAUUCUCGGACACACAUUCACUUCCCUAUAACUCAAUCAUUCUCCGAUGGUGAAAUUUCAAUAUUUUGAAAAUAAUUGAAAUUUAUCGCUAAGGUUCAGCGUCUCGUCGUUUUCUCAGCAAAGAAAGAUUAAUAUAAAGAAAAUCCUAUUAACAUUUUCCCUCAUUUGCGUGGGAAAAUAUUUCAAAAUGAUCUGGGACAUGUGAGCAAUUUUCUUCAUUUUAUGCGGAAUUCUACUGAAUUAACUAAAAUAAAUAACGUGACAGUACGGAUCGUCUGACAAUUUAAAUGUGAUAUUUUUUAAAAAUUAUUACUAUUAUGAUGUUUUUGCAUCAGAUAAGGAGCAAAAGACAAGCUAUGAAUUAAGAGGUUAUUCACAUGUGACGACUAGCUUUUACCAAAUGUACCGUUGAGCUUUCAUUUUAAUGCAUGAUAAUAAGGAAGUGUGGUUUUAUAAAGAUGUUUUCAUUGAUCAUCAUUUAUGAACGACCCCAACAUGUAUAUAUCAAGGUGGGACAAUUACAUGAUUUUUUUUCUAUGUAUGCUCAACGCAGUAAUCUUAUCAGUCGAGCGCUAUCAUAGUUUAUGACAUCAUUGCUUCAAAAAAAAGCACACACAUACACAAUAAUAUAAAAAUGAAAAUGAUAAAACCCUCUGUGGGCAAGUUUUUACUUGCUUUUGAUGUGAUUUCCAAACCGUACUAAAUAGUUUUCAUUAUAUCGCCGUGUGGUUAACAUCGUAGAGGCAAAAAAAGGGAAGGAAUAAAGUUAAUUUUUUGGAAACACAAUUUUUUGUGCCUUGUGAAAACUUAAAAAAUAAGAGUCAAGAGCUUUGCAAUGCAAUAAAAUCAAGAAAUAAAAACUUUAAAUUGAACAAAGUAAUCUUGAAAAUGUCAUGACAGUAAAAAUUUAUUGUGUGUGAAAAUAGAUCAAAACGGAAAUGAAGAGCACUUUCUUGCCUUCGUUACGUGUUUAAAGAUAUUGCAUGUGAAUGAAUCAUAGCACUUUUAACUAUCAAUUGCUGUCACAACUUAGUAAAUAUUGUAAAAGUUUUGAAAAAAUAAAAAAAUAAGAAAAAUGUCAGACUCGAGGAAAUCGCAAAAUAAAAAAAUAUCUAUAAGCACUAUUAGUGAUGAAGUGGAUGCACAAACUAGCAAUCAAUUAAAUUCACAUGAGCAAUCUUCUUCUCAUUUUCAUUCGACUCAAAAUGAUGUGUCGUCAUCAAGUCAUGUAGAUUUUAAUCAAUCAUCUUCCUCAAAUCAUAAUAGUAAUGAUAACAAUGGACAUAAUAGUAAUCGACAGUCAUUAAAAAGGCAAAGUCAAAGGAGUCGACCGAGUAGUAAUGAACAAGAAUCGAUAACAUUGCAAGAAACUGAACGACGACCAGUGACAUUAAAAGCUUCAUUCUUGCGAAGAAAAAUUAAGGAGUAUGAAGAUGAAGAUGAUGCAACAACAUCGGGAGCUACUUUGGAAGAUGCUGGGAAGCGUGUUAUAUUUAUUAAUCAACAACAGCCACAAAAAUAUUGUAACAAUCACAUUUCGACAGCUAAAUAUAGUGCAUUAAGUUUCAUUCCGUCAUUUUUAUUUGAACAAUUUCGACGAUAUUCGAACUGUUUCUUCUUAUUUAUCGCUCUUCUUCAACAAAUUCCUGAUGUAUCGCCGACUGGACGUUACACAACAUUAGUUCCUUUAAUAUUUAUAUUAUCAGUGAGUGCGAUAAAGGAAAUAAUUGAAGACUUUAAACGCCAUCGAGCGGAUGAUGAGACCAAUAAUCGUGAAAUUGAGAAAUUACAAAAUGGUUUAUGGGUGAAUGUAAAGUGGAGACAUUUGGCUGUCGGUGACAUCGUCAAAGUUCAAAAUAAUAACUUCUUUCCAGCAGAUUUAAUAUUAUUAUCGUCAAGUGAACCACAAGGCAUAUCGUUUAUAGAGACUUCAAACUUGGAUGGAGAGACGAAUCUUAAAAUUAGACAGGGACUUCCUGAUACAUCAAAAAUCGUUGAGGCGAAAGACUUGAAUCAGUUGCAAGGCACGAUCGAAAGUGAGCCGCCAAAUAGACAUUUAUACGAGUUUAAUGGAAACUUUAAGGAACUUAAUCGUCAAGUUCAGGCACUGGGACCCGAUCAAGUAUUAUUACGUGGUGCAAUGCUUCGAAAUACAUCCUGGAUCUUUGGCAUGGUCAUUUAUACGGGACAUGAUACGAAGCUUAUGAGAAAUUCUACCUCAGCACCACUUAAACGAUCGACAGUCGAUAAAAUGACUAAUACACAAAUUUUAAUGCUCUUCUUUAUACUUAUCGUCUUAUGCUUAACAAGUGCAAUCUUUAAUGAAAUAUGGACAUUAAACUACUUCACAGAUCAUUGGUAUUUGGGCACAAAGAAUUGGACAAAGAACUUUGCAUAUAAUCUUCUGACAUUCAUAAUUCUGUACAAUAAUUUAAUUCCAAUAUCAUUGCAAGUCACACUCGAACUUGUGAGAUUUAUACAAGCCAUUUUCAUUAAUCUUGAUAUUGAGAUGUAUCAUGAGGAAUCAAAUACGCCAGCUAUGGCACGGACAUCUAAUUUAAAUGAGGAACUUGGGAUGGUCAAGUAUGUUUUUAGUGAUAAAACAGGAACGCUUACUAGAAAUGUUAUGGAAUUUAAAAAGUGUUCAAUUGCUGGUCAAAUUUAUGCAUUAGAAAAUGAAGCAGAAGAAACUGGUGAAAUAUCAUCAACAUCCUUUACAACCACAGACGGGCCAGGACCGUCAAGGCUUAGUCAACAUAUUUUGGCUGAAAAAAGUGAUUCUGAUGUUGCGCGGAACUUUAUGACACUUAUGGCAAUUUGUCAUACAGUUAUUCCUGAAAAUGGAUCUUCCACAGCACACGACAAUGUUGAUAAUGCAUCAUCGAUAAAUGUGAUUAAUGAGGACAUUAUUUAUCAUGCAGCAAGUCCCGAUGAGCGAGCACUCGUUUAUGGUGCAAAGAAAUUUGGUUUUAUUUUUCAUACCAGGACCCCAGCUUAUGUGGAAAUGGAUGCACUCGGCGACACAGAACGUUAUGAUAUAUUAAAUGUCCUUGAAUUUACGUCAACACGAAAGCGAAUGUCAAUCAUAGCGAGAAAUUCACGCGGUGAAAUCAAAUUAUAUUGUAAGGGUGCAGAUACUGUCAUUUUUGAGCGAUUGGCGCCUGAUGGACAGGAUUAUAAAGAUAUUACGCUUAGACAUCUUGAAGAGUUUGCGAGUGAAGGUCUGAGAACUUUAUGCUUGGCAGUUGCUGACAUAGAUCCAGAAGUUUAUGAGCAUUGGAAGGAUACGUAUCAUAAAGCAUCGACAGCUAUUCAAAAUCGUGAGCGAAAGGUUGAAGACGCUGCUAGUCUAAUUGAAAUUAAUUUGAAGCUUUUGGGAGCGACAGCUAUCGAGGAUAAAUUGCAGGAAGGCGUUCCCGAGACAAUAGCUGCACUGCUAGAAGCCAAAAUCAAGCUAUGGGUUCUCACCGGUGACAAACAAGAGACGGCAAUCAAUAUUGGAUAUUCGUGUCGUCUCCUUCAACAAGGAAUGGAUCUGAUAAUCAUGAAUGAAGAUAGUUUAGACAACACUAGAACCAGUAUUAAUAGACAUAGUCAUGAUUUUCAAGCAGUUACUUCAAGCUGCAGUUCAGCAAAUAAUGAGCACUUUAAGAAAGACAACACUGCACUAAUUAUUGAUGGAAAGACAUUAAAAUAUGCAUUAAGCUGUGAAUUAAGGAGAGAAUUUUAUGAACUAUGUAUUAACUGUAAAUGCGUUAUUUGUUGUCGCGUUUCUCCAAUACAAAAAGCUGACUGUAUCAUGCUGGUCCGAGAGUGUUCAAAAUCAAAAGAUCUAUGGUCGAGAAACGACUGUGUGACGUUGGCAAUAGGUGACGGUGCCAAUGAUGUGGCGAUGAUUCAGCGCGCACAUGUUGGCGUUGGAAUUUCAGGAGUUGAAGGAUUACAAGCCGCUUGCGCUUCAGAUUAUUCGAUAGCACAGUUUAAAUAUUUAAGGAAAUUACUGCUCGUACACGGCGCGUGGAAUUACUCGAGAAUGUGCAAAUUAAUUUUAUAUAGCUUCUAUAAAAAUAUUUGUCUUUAUGUCAUUGAGUUGUGGUUUGCAAUUUAUUCAGGUUGGUCUGGACAAAUUCUUUUCGAGCGAUGGACUAUUGGUCUAUACAACGUGUUCUUUACUGCUUUACCACCAUUCGCUAUCGGAAUUUUUGAUAAAGUUUACUCAGCAGACACACUUUUUAGAAAUCCAAAGAUUUAUGAAAACUUUCAAAGUGCCAGAUUAUUUAACGUAAAAGUAUUUUGGAUUUGGAUCGGAAAUGCCUUGAUCCAUUCAAUCAUUUUAUAUUGGAUGCCAAUGUAUUCAUAUUUUGAUGGUAUUGUGUGGGAUAAUGGCCGUGAAGGAGGAUACUUAGUGUUGGGAAAUAUGGUGUAUACUUAUGUUGUCGUAACAGUCUGUUUGAAGGCCGGUUUAAUCUCAAAUUCGUGGACAUGGCUAACUCAUUGUGCUAUUUGGGGUUCAAUUGUAUUAUGGUUCCUCUUUAUGCUAAUUUACAGUAAUAUUUGGCCAAUCAUUCGAGUGGGCGCUGUGUUUUCAGGAAUGCAUCACAUGAUAUUUACCACACCCGCCUUUUGGUUUGGACUAUUUUUAAUUCCAGUAGCAGCACUGCUUCUUGAUGUUGUGAUUAAAGUAAUUCAAAAUCGUCAUAAGACUGGUACCACAUAUACACCAAGAUCGUCUCAACCAAGACAGGAAUCGAAAGCAUCAACAAUGCAUGCCCUGGGGUCAAUUAUGCGAUGUAAGUUUACCAUAAAAAAAAAUAAUUGGGUAAAAAAACACAUUCAUUUAAAGAACAUUUUAACUUGUUUCAAUUUUAUUUAUUUUAUCAAAAUAUGCAUCAAUCACAAAUAUUAAUUUAAAUCACAUUAAUUCUACUUCUAAUAACUUCUACACUAUUUUUAUUGAUUUUAUUUUAUUUUAUAAUUUCUGUAUAACUUUGUUAUUGCAUGAUUACUAAUAAUUCAUUAACUGUUGUUCUACGUUAGAAUUUUCAAUCAAAUUUAUCUACAAUCAUUGAUUUUUUUCUCUUUCAUUCUUUCGAGUCAUUGGGUCAAUAUUUGACCUAGAAAAUGUUUCUACAUUGCUAAAUUGGCAAAUGUGGAACAAGCGCUUUGUGAAUUGCUGAAGCUUAUGGAUUUUUGUUUUAUAUGAAGCGCUUUCUAUUUUGAAACUUUGUCAGACUUCAAUCAAAGUUUUUCAAUACUUUCAUUUUCAAAUCACCAUGAAUCCUACAUAAACUAUAAAUAACAGCAGCUUGACAAUUAUUGAUUACUCAGAAAAUAUAAUAAUUGAACGUUUUGACAAUCAAAAGGACGAAAAUUAAUCAUACGAUUGAUUUGAAAGCCACAAUCAUAUUCAGGAAAGGAAAAUAGUAGUUGUCGAAUGUAAUAUGUAUGCUGUUUUGUAUAUGCUGUCUAUAAUUUGUAAAUUGUAGAUUAUUGAUGAAUUUAGAAUCAUUUUCAAUGAACUAUGAAUUAAACUUGAAAACGUUUAAAGUGUUCAUAAAAUCAAUUUGGAAAAAUUGAUCUUUAACAAAGCCGUGUACACUCAAAAUUAUUUUCACUUGAAAUAUUUCUUUCUGUUGAUUAUUAGAAUAGGGAUUUCAAUCAAGAUUCGAUAUUUCAUAUCAGCAAGUACCGGGAUUGAGUCCGAGUCUAUACGCCAGUGGUUCUCAAUCUUUAACACAAUAAUUCGUUUCGAACAGGAAUUGAAACUCUCACCUCUCGAUUGUCGGUCAAGUGUUUAGACCAUUAAGAUAUUGAACUUAAAAAAAUGGCACUAUAAAUUUAUGUUUAGGAUUUGUCAUUUAAAAACAUCAGUAAAAUAUUAGCAAUGUAGGAGUGGAUAGAAUAAAUUUUUAUUUUCUCGAUCCUUCUUUAGUUCGAAUCUUAUCUUGUCACCGAAAAAGUAUCAACUCUUAUUCUUAGAACCUCAAAUGAUCAAAAUCUUUGUUAUCAGUUUCGAACGCUUAAGUUCAUUGUCAGAACUUGAAGUUAAACACAAUCUUUAUGUGUAGUUGAACUAUAUUGACUCUUUAAAAAAAAAAAUCAAGUCAAUUUAAAAUUCUGAAUCAAACCUUACAUUGUUAAAAAUGUCAAAAAACAUGAUUUGUGGAUAAAUUUGAUCCUGAAUUUGAUUAAAUAUUCUCAAAAUUGAAUCUUUGUAGUGAUUUACGUUUUAUGUAGUGGUUUUUAUUUUAGAUUUAAACUAUUUUAUUUGCUUAGAUCCCCCGAAAAAAAAACUCACCCUUAAUCCAUAAUUCUUAAACUUUUAUUAUUACAAACAUAAUAAUAUAUUAUAUGCCAGUGAUUCAACAUAAUAAAACACGUAAUGGUAAUGGUUGAUAAUUCACAAUUUUUCUAAUCUUUUAAUAAAUCACAAAAAAAAAUGGAAAUGAACAUAAAAAUUACAUAUUUUAUCAUGAAUAUUCUCGAUUCGAUAAUUUUUACUAUUUUGUUCCUAUCGAAGGUAUUAAAAAUCCUAAUUCAUAAUUUUUAUUAUAUUCACAAUUUAUUAACAAGUUGGUUGAGUUCCUCAACACCUCCCAGCCUACUUUCUAUUGCUAGCCUUAAAUCUAGAAAGUUCUCUUCUAUUUCUAAUUUUUUCGUUACAUUCUUUUACUACUUACAAUAUAGUAAUUUCUUAUAGUAUUAAUAUUAUUGUUGGUGACGGUUUUUAGUACCAUAACUCUACCUUUUUGCAGAGAUUUAAAAAAAAACAAUCAAAGAAUUCAAUUUUCCUUCUUCCAUUUCCCAUUUCUUCUGUCUCUAAAAAUAAUCGCCGAUAACCCGCAAAAAAAAAUAAAUUCCAAAAAUUUUAUGGCGAAAAAAAAUAUGAAAUUUUUUGACAUAGAUUAACUGAAACGGCUCGCCUCCUUGUCCGAACAAAUGUAAGACGUGUUUUUGGCACUGGCGGUACAAGUCGGUCACACACGACUGAAACUGAAAAGCGAGAAAUGGAAUUGAAGCAUGGAUUUGCUUUCUCGCAAGAAGAAGGUGGCACGCUAUCACAAUCAGAGGUCAUCAGAUGUUACGACACAAACAGGCCAAAACCCGAAGGAAACUAAUUUACGAGAGCUUUCAAGAGUUAACAAAAAAUCAUCAUCUGAAAAAAGUCAUCGUCACCAUAAUCCACCUAAAAUUAAAUUGAAUUAAAAAAAGUAAAUUUUAAACCAGAGGAAUCAAAGGAUAUAUAUUCAUUCAUAAAUUAUAUUUAAAAUCUUUAAAGUUUAAAUUAAAAAAAUCCAUUUUAAAAAUAUUUAAAAGUAAAUCUUUCACACAAUUUAAAAUUCAAAUAAAAAAAUUAUUAAAUUAAUUAUAAUACAAAUACCAAAAAAAUACAAAAUGAAUGAAUUAAUCGUUAUUUAUUGUUUAAUGAGAAUUAAUGUUUAAUGUAAUUUAUAUGUUUCAUUAUAAUGUUGAAAAUUGAGGAUAAAAAACUACUGAAAGUAAAAAUAAACAAAACAGAAAAAAUUCUUUGGAAAUGCUUAUGGGAGACUUUUGGGGUUUGACUUUUUAUUGUUUGUUGUUUUAUUCUGACUUUUCUAGAUUCAGUUUUUAUAGUUUGUAAAUCUGAAGGGAUUCGAUGAAAGGAUACAAGUAUUGCUUUACCUGAUUGAUGUUACUUCAAAAUGUUUUUUCUUCUCUACAAAUUUUAUUCAAAUCCAAACUCUUGCUAAAAUUAGUUAAGUUGUUUUCAUUAAGUUCAUAAACAUUUGAAUCACUAGUUGUUCACAGUAAGAUUUCCUGAAAUCUCGCUUUUGAAAAAUUUUAAGAUCAAGAUCUUAAAAAUGAAAAUCUUGUUUGUAAAAUAAGAUCUCGAAUGUUUGGAUUGAUUAAUUUAAUAACAAAAAGCACCCUGAAUAAUGCUGUUGAACGACCAGUAAUGUUUAUAAUAAAUAGAAUCCAAUUUUUUGCGAUAAAGUUAUCCUACAUGUAAGUCAUUCAACCAACUUUGAAAUAAAAAACUAACCUCAAAAAAUCACCUGAAACUAUUUCCAAAGAAGAAACAAAUAAAAACAUUUAAAAAUGUGUCAAAUCCAAAAAAAAAGAUAUUCUGACUUUUUGUUGAUAUCGUACAAGAUACUCAUUUUAUUUAAUUAAAUUUCAUUUCUUUCCACGUCAAUUUAAACUUAUUUACAUUAUUUACUUAAUUAUUUAUUUUAUAUUAAAUGAAUAAAUAGUUUUGUUUUUCAUAUAAAUACUUUUUUUUGUUUGUUUCAUCAACAUCUUGUUUUUUGACUAGAAGACAAAGAGUUUUACAUACAUUCAAUGAAAUAUCAUCAUUUUUUUACUUCUUAUAAAUGCCACAGAGCAUGGGGAAAAUUUCUUUUCAAUUUUUUUGUAAUGAGUAUUUUUUUAAUUAGACAUCGAAUAAGAAAUUACUUCCAUUUUGUUUGGGUUUAAUUUUACUUUGGUUUAAAAAUUACGUAAUCGUAAGAACAUUCAUUUUUUUAAUAAUUUUAUUUUUUAAGGGUCUUUUUGGAUUGGAAAUUCUCAAAAGGUUUUGUUUUUUCAACAUUGAAUUUAUCCAGAACUAACCUUUAAACCUCAUGAAUUAAUUUUAGAGAUCAAACUUUAUUUUUGAUGAUUUAUCAAAACGAGUCAAUUUGGGAUUGAUCUUUAUUUGCUUUCUUAAGUGCUAAAUGAAACUUGCUCCAAUUUAAAAACAAAAUUUUAAGGUUAUGUAUUUCUAUUAAUCUGACUAUGCUUCUUAAAAAAUGAAGGAGGGAAAACCUUUCAAAUCAAUCCAAUUUCUUUGUCUUAGCACAUAAUAUAAUCUUAAACAUGCUUUAUCUAAGGCUCCCGCAGAUUUUAAUCUUUAAGUAAUCCCAUAAAAAGAUUAUAAUCUUUCUUCAAAGAUUAUAACCUUCAUUUUUAUAAGAUUAUAAUCUGCGGGAGCCUUGGCUACAUCAAGAUUGAAUCCAGUAUGCUUUGGUCUAAAUGAAGAAUCGUCAUUUUCGACCCUAUUAGCUACUCUAUUUAUAAUUAAUGCAAAAACGACAGCAACCCACUAACAUAACCUUUCUUUAUCCAAAGCAAAACAUUUGAGAAUUUCAAAUCCAAAGUAGAUUAUUUUGGCUUCUAAUACACAUCUUUUUAAACUUGAUUUUAUUUUUAUACACUCAGACCAUUAUUUGAAUUUUUUUUCUUUCAGAGAAUCUUUCGAUUGCAACCUAAUACACAAAUAUUGCUAAUAAAUACACUGAUUCAAAAAUUUGUCUUUUCAAUUUUCAUUUUUUUUUGUAAAUUUCAUCUUAUAGUAAAUUUUUUUCAUCUCAAAGUAUUUUUUAGUAUUUAAAUGGAUUAUUUUUUAUUACACAUUUAUUGCUCUCGUUAACAGUUUAUUUUCUUGGUUAUGUCAAGAGAGCUUUUACUGUCCUGGCAAUGCUUAUCGAUUUUUGUUUUGAUUGCUUUAAAUUUUUUUAACAGAGAAAUUAAAGAUUUCACAUGUGAGCCAUUUUGGGGACUUUUUUUUUGUCAUUAAUAUAGGUGGAAUCAAGAGUUGGACACUUUUAAGAUGGAUUUUGAAUUUUGUAAGAAUUUUUAAAAUAUUGCAAAAAUUUUCACAAUUUUUGAAUUAAUCUUUUAAUUUUUUGCAAGAAUUUUUGCAAUUUUUUUUUCAACUUCAUUCUCCAAAAUCAACAAAAUUUCACUCCAAAGAUGUCCAUCCCUUGACUAUUUUAAAUUGGAAACAACGCCUUUAAACUGAAAAUUGUGUUCAAUCAACUAGGUGACUUUCCAUUAAUUCUUCUCAUAUUUACAAAAAUCUUUUUCCUCAUUUUCAGAUUUUAAAUUUAAACAAAAAAUCCUUCAACAAAAAAAUUGCUUUUAUUAUUUCGUUCAUAACUCAUCCUUUUAUCUGUAUUGAGUAUAUAUCUAUAAGUGUAGUUCAUAUUUAUAUUGGAAACGCCUAAUUUUCCAUGAUGAUUUUCAAUUUAAAAAAUAAAAAUAAAUAAAUAAAUUUUUUAUCAACUUUUCCAUACAAAUUUUUACAUUCCCGUAUAUUAUUCAUACGGCGAGAGCUUUUUGUAGAGUUCAAAAUUUUCUACCUGAUGAUUUGCAGGAUUCGUAUGUGAUUGUCAUGCGUAGUGAUGUGAAUAUGAGCUGAGAUGCGGAGUCACAUGAGAUGAUGUAUGGAGGUUACUCAUCGAGUGUGGCGGAUAUAAAUUUGUAGGACUUCCCCAAUUGCUGUAACCCAGCGACGAUGGAAAAAUC